AUGGAUGUGGCGGCGGGUCGCAGGCCAAGCUCGCAGAGCUCGUCCCAAACCAGCAAAACCGCUUCUGUUCGGCCUUCCUCUCAGCCAGUGAGAUCCGCCUCAUUACCUGCUCUUGCUCGGCCAGUGAUUGAAGCCCAGGCCGGCCAUCCCAGAAAUCUCGUUCCGGUGCCUCAUCAGGAACGGGGUACUGGGCCCGGAGCUUGCAUUUGCGACAGACGCCUUUUUCCUCCCAAGUCCAAGGUUGUAAAGCCUUGCGAGUGUCAGCGAACCUGCACUUGCGGGGCUGGACAAUACCUUCCGCCCUUUGCCCAGCGCGGGAAGAUCUGUUUGUGCCGAAAGUCCAAGGGAAAUGUUUACAACGCUGAGGUCUACAGUGCACUGCAGACAAGAGGUGGGGCCCUCUGGGAACGCUUGGGAUCUGAGGCGCGCAGUCUGCGGGAACGCGAGGGCUUUGAGAAGAGAAUGCAGAAACCAAGCCUCCAGGCCUGUCAGCUAUGUAUGCGCCAUUGGUGGAAACCCACGUCGGUCCCGAAGCCCCUACAAGGUGUUCUGGUUGUCAACAUCGCUACCAUCGAAAGUGCAUUGACCGAAGACAUGCCCGUGGUUGUCCUCAAUGUGGCAAACAGUGGGAAGACGAAGACGAGAUUCAGCACUGCGCAAUAUGUCACGAUCCAUUGGUGGAUACCCCGGUCGGUCUCGAAGCUCCUACCAAGUGGUCCGGUUGUGAACAUCGCUAUCAUCUUAAGUGCAUUGGCGGAAUGCGUGCCAGGAAUUUGA